CGCGCGACGCCGCCUCUGUGCAUCGCUCCUGCGAAACCAUCCGGUGAACAGAGCGUGGCAGUUCUUAUACCUGUGGAAACAUUGUUUACUUUCCAACAACUACAUUAAAUACUGAGUGAUUUUAUGAUACUUGGAAUUCGUGUGAUGUCAAACAGAAGAUGAUGUGCGGUCCGGUUCCACUGCUGCUUGUGGUGAUAUCCAUGGCCCUCGCCGCCCCUGCCACUUUAUAUGAUGAUACUCCAGUGAUAGUACCACAAAAGAGAGCAGCUCUGGUUCUAGACCGGCUGCUGAUAGCGCUACAGAAGGCGUUGCAAGACGACGUGGAACCGCGGCGUAAUGAGCAAUCUGGGCGCGGCUGGCCAAGAACAGCACCACUCCGCCUCGAUACCAAUAACAUUGGCGAUAUGAAAAAAAUAUUGGAGCUGAGCCGCGUGCCGGGCUAUGAGUUACCCGUCAGCGCCGAGCCACGUGACGAGAUACUCCGCCUCGCCAAAGAAGAUGAUAUGACUGGGUUACAACGGCGCGGCCAGGCGGGCCCGGGCCGGGGCCGAGUACUACGGUGCUAUUUCAACGCGGUUACCUGUUUCUAACUAAACCGCAUAUAUGUAUACGUUUUAUUAUUAUUUCAAUUAUACAAUAGUCGCCGGCGAUGUACUUUGUCAUUGUUUGCAUAAUUUUAACAUUAGAACUUUAUUUAAAAUAUACACAUAAAAUGUAUAUUAAAGUUACAUUUUACACAAAAUGAUGAUUUUUGAUUAAACAUCAAUAUGUUUUACUUUUCGCUAGAGAAGAGUUAGCAAUAAUACUCUUCUCUAGCGAAAAGUACUGCAUUUAAGUAAUUAAAUACAUCAA